AUGUCACCAAGUGAAAUCGUCGAUGCUUCGCGUCGGAAUAUCCGAGACUUCCUAGCCCGAACUGGGUUCAGUGAGGCACAAACUGACUUCGUCCGUGACUUGGAGCUCGAGACGCGCCUAGAGGACAUUACCAAACAUUGGGAAGAUCGAGACAAGUUGCAAGAGAAGAUCCGCACUGGCAUCAUCAUGGGCAGUACUGCGUACCGGCACACGACAAUCGACACUAGGGUGGCUAUCGCGUUGUUGACCACCUUCUGCACCGCUAUUGACGAUCCAGUGACCCUUGCGCUGUGGGGCGAGGAUGGUGCACUGCAGUUCCAUCGCAUGCUCUGCCAAGGCACUGUUCAGCAAUCAAGCAGCAUGUUCACAGAGCUGAGCAAUCUGCUGUCGAGGAUGUGGGAUUAUUUCCCCCGGUUUGCAGCCAGUGCCAUCUUAUCCUCGACCCUGGCCUUCCUCAAUAUGACGCUACUCCAAAUGGAGGCCAAGGACGUAGUUCUGCACCGCGACGCUCUUCCAUUCGUCGAAUAUCGGAGGGUGCAGGACGGGUUGCCCGAGGUCUUUGCUGUGUUUAUUUGGGAGAAAGAGAAAUUCCCCGAUGUUCAGACAUACAUACAAGCCAUCCCCAUCAUUGGCGACUAUCUCAAUCAUACCAAAGAGGAGCUCGUAGGCGAAACGGGCAACUACAUCCAUGAUCGCGCUGCUGUCACCGGUAAAUCGCUAGCGGAUACGCUGCAUGAAGUUGUCGAGGAGACGGUGAAUGCAGCCGAGCGAGUGCGACGCAUGCUAGGAGAGGAAGCCAGAAAUGCAUGGGAUCAGUUCACGAAGGGUUAUAUUGUAUUUCAUACUAGUAAUCCUCGCUACCGCCUGCUGGAGCUUCUUUAG